UCUAUUUGCGAUUCGAAGAUGUCGAGAUCAUUAAAAUCCUACUUCUUUUCAAAAAUGUCAUUUACGCAGUGUGAACUAUUUUAUUGGUCUGGAUGCUGCGAAAAUAGAAAUAACUUUGAAACAUUCCAGAACUGUUGGAAAACUUGCGAAGAGCCUCUUAAUCCCUGUGCUUAUGGUACGACAGAAUCGCGAAUUCAGUUUUCAAAUAUUUGUGGUGUGCAACAAUUUUGCCAUAUCGGAGCCACAAUAGCAACCACAAUCUGUUGUAACAAGCCUCGUGAGCUUUUAACUCUGGCUUCUUUCACCAUGUUUAUUUAUGAAAUAGAGAUUCAUGCUUUUUCGCGCCAAGGCAUUUUUUACAAGGCAUUUUUAUUUUUCGUGAACUUAUUUACGAUACACAUCUCAGCUAAUAUCGAUCGUUGCAACCAACCUCUGCAUGUCGGAAUCGGUAACACCAAUCUUCAGCGAUGGUAUUUCAACUCAGUCACGCAACAAUGCCAAACUUUCGCAUACCAAGGCCUUCAAGGAAAUGAAAAUAAUUUCCUCACUCAACAGGAAUGCGAGGCUUCAUGUUUCGGUACGCAUUGCUGUUUUAGCAAUUUGCAUCAGUUAAAAUCUUAUUUAGUCAAUUGUUUAGGAAUCUAUAUUAAUCUAUAUUAUGGAACCGGAAAUCAAAACCACAAGAGCUUAUUUUCUCAAGAAAAACAGCUUAAAAAACAUCAAGGGAUUUUCCUGCAAUGUUCAGCGACUAAUCAACAAAUUAUGUGCCCAAACGGCUAUUUUUGUCACAUUGGUGCAAAUGCUCAAACUACUGUUUGUUGCCAAAUACUUGGUAAAAUUUCCAGUGCGCAUGAAAUGAAAAUUGCAUUUCGUUACCAGUUGAGGAAGUCGAUCUUCCCAAUCAUCCCAUUCAAUAAUUUUUCCAAAAAAAAUAUUGUUUCAGGUAAUGAUGCCUGCAUUCAGGUGGUGGACGCUGGCCGAGGCAACGCUCAACUUCAACGGUGGUAUUGGAAUGUUGUUAAUAGGCAAUGCAUGCCAUUCCUUUAUAAUGGCCUCAUGGGAAAUCAAAACAAUUUUAUUUCGAAACAAAUUUGUGAAAAUGCUUGCUAUGUUCCUGAAAAUCCUUGCGCUCUUGGGCAACCUCAGCUGAGUCCAGACAAGCGUUUCUUAUCGUGUAAUACAGGACCAAAUAUUUGUUCAUCGGGCUACUGGUGCCAUAUUGGUACAAUUAAAAACACUGUUUGUUGCCCUGGACAAGUAAUUGGUGAUGCGAUCUGUAAGCAACCGAUGGCUGUUGGAACUGGUCAAGCUAAUCUGCAACGAUGGUAUUUCAAUGAAGCUACUCAAAAAUGCAUUUUUUUCAUAUAUAAUGGGCUUUUUGGCAACCAGAAUAAUUUCCUCACUGAACAGCAGUGCGAGCAAUCUUGUCCAGGUUUCAUAAAUCCAUGUAAUCUGCCUCUAAUUGGUGCUCCUCAGUUUUGUUCGCCUAGCUCAAAUAAUUGCGGUCAACGAAGCUAUUGCCACAUUGGAGCUAAUGCACAGACAACUUUAUGUUGCCCCAGCGAGGGAAAUAUAUGUACAUUGCCUAUGGCUACUGGAAAUGGCGCUAAUAUUCUGGAACGUUGGUAUUUUAAUCAACAGGCUGAGGUAUGCCAAAUAUUUAUCUACAGUGGAGUGAAAGGAAACCAAAAUAACUUUUUGACACGACAGGAGUGUGAAGAAAUAUGCCCACCAAACCCAUGUCUUGAAGGUUCACCUAUGGUUCGACUCGAUGGCAAAUGGCAAGGUUGUAAUGCAAACUCUUUAACAAAUUCUUGUAUUGGUAACUAUUGGUGUCAUCUGGGAGCAAGACCAUUAACAACUGUUUGUUGUCCUGGAGCAAAUGCAAAUCCUUGCAAUUUACCUCUUGCGGCUGGUGAAGGUAAUGCGAAUGUCGAGCGUUUUUAUUACGAUAUUCUUUCGAGAUCCUGUCGUACAUUUGUUUAUAAAGGAUUGAAAGGGAAUCAGAAUAAUUUUUUGACAUUGGGUAAAUGCCGACUUCAGUGCGAGGCCUUAGAAAACCCAUGUAGUGGACAACCGGCAACUACAGAAGCUGGACAUGUGAUAUUUUGUUCAUCGACUAAUAAGGAUACUUGUCCAGUUAAUUUUUGGUGUCAUGUGGGUUCGGUCGCCGAGACAACUGUAUGCUGUCCUGGAGCUACGAACCCAUGCUCAGUUCCACUUGCUCCCGGAACUGGGAAUGACGGUUUGUCCCGUUGGUACUACAGUGCGGAUGACCGGACUUGCUUACCUUUCCAGUACAAUGGUAGACGAGGUAACCAAAACAACUUUGAAUCGCAAGCCGAAUGCUCUCGCACUUGCCCAGCUGAACUCUGUCUUUUAUCAGUUGAUCCUGGUGCAUGUGGUGGAAGACAAACUCGUUAUGCGUUCAAUCGCCAAUCGAACCAGUGUACGCCAUUUCAAUACACCGGAUGUGGAGGUAACCUAAAUAAUUUUAACACAAUGGAAGAUUGCAUGGCAACCUGUGGUAACAUUGGUUUUCGAAAGACGUGA